AUGUCCGAUGACGCUAAAACCACUCUUAGCCGCAGCGUACUACAGAGUUGCUCUCUAGAAUCCACACUGGCGAAUGCACGAUCGCUAACUCGAACCAUGAGUUUCGUGCCACAAAUACCUCUGCGAUUCGAUACCCCAAACAAGAAAAGAAAGGCGACGCGUGACGCUCACUUGGCUACACCUACGAAACCAUCUGAACAACCAGUUUGCAUGCCGUUAUUGAAAAGUGGGAGGGGAGCUUUGGAGCAUAAGGUAUGGAACACCGACGCCACUCCUACGGAGGGUACAACAAGCACUAAGAAGCGAGUACAGGAAAUUGAAACUAGCAUGUGCACCACUUGCGCUAGACAUGUGCCGGAGCCGCAGCGGUCCAUAAACAUGGCGAAGGCAUUAGACGAUAUGGGUCGUGUGUAUCCUUCAUUGUCUGGUGUGAUGCUGAUAACUCGGCGUUAUGUAAAGGAACUCGCCUCAGCGCUAGAGGCAAUGCAGGAGUCGCACACAUCAGAGGUGAAACGGUUGGAGGAAACAGUGUAUAAAAAAUAUGAAAAGUUUUUCGAGGGAAAAGUACUUCAACUUAUCCGCGAAAACCGUAAAACAGAGGCGGUGGCAAAACAACUACGCGAGGAGGUGUUUACGUUGCGAAAGCAGCGUGAUGACGAACUAUCGAAGGCGAAAGAGAUUGUGAUGACGCGAUUGAAUGAUUGCGAGCGGAAGGAGGAUGAGUUCAACAUGCUGAAAAGGCUUGUGACACUGGUGUUUAAAACUAACCAGGGACUCGUCAACCAGGUGGAGGACUUGAGUUCGCUCCUUAGAAAGCAUCGCAUUGACGUGCCCAAGAUAGACGAUGCGCUCUUUCUGUACAACAAACCUAAGACAUCAAAUGCGAUCAACUCCAAUGAGGAUGGCGUGAAAAAACUGAGUGAGCAGGUAUCACCUCAGUUUAUCGAGGCCUCACGUAAGGAAAUGAGCAAUUCGCGUCUUACUCUUCAGCGUGAGCUGCUGAAUAAUGCUUUUGAUGAUUGCUCCGCGUACCGACUUCAAAUUAAUGGUCUGCGUACCAGUAACAAUAAUCUUCGUCUGCAAGUAGCGUCGCUUCAGGGACAGAUUGUUGACCUUGAAAAAUACAUUCAUGAGAAGCGCUUCAUGAACACCGAGGUUGAGGGCGAUGACGUACCUCUGACGCCACGACCGCGUAACUUGCCCUUCGCCAUUCAAACGGAUCUGGGUGUCGAUUUAAAGAAGAGCACGUGUGGAAUUGUUGCAGAACUCACAGCGGUUGCAAUGAACCUUAAGCACCAGUUAAAUUCCUCCGUCCUUGCGCUGCGUCGUCUGGCGAACGUACUCGAAUGGAUUGAUGAUGAGAACCUCUUAAAAACCGUUGGGGAUGAGGGUGUUUGGGGACUCAUUCCAGUGUUCCCAAAUUCUAUGUGGAACGAAAUUCCCCACUUUUUGCGCACCAACGUUGACUGCGAUAUUCCUAAUCUUAACUGGAGCGGUGAGGAUGUUUCUUCCCUUUUGUACGACUUCUUUUCUCGCUUUGAAGCAUUACGGUUGGCGUGCCGCUUCAAACGGGACUCUAAAAUGUUCAUACCUCGGGUGUACCAAUUGUUCGAACGUAUUGAAAAUUACCUUGUUCGACUCGAUGCAACAGUGUCAGAAGUGGAGGAACGCGUAGAAAAUGUUCCUUUUGGUUACGUGGUUACCUAUUUCCUCAACAAUUUUCUUCGGACGUAUACCUACGGGUCGCCUCAUCAGCACUUAUUCCAGUCAGGGACCGUGGCUCCCACGUAUCCAUCUAAUAACUCCGCCGCCGCAGUUGAAAUGGAGUUUGCCAAAGUAAGCUACAACCUCUGGUACGCUGCUCGGCGGCACAAGGAUACACAACCAUUGUGUUAUCUCUUCGUCAAUGUGUUGGAUGGCCGGCUACCACUUGGGUUGUUCGGUUUGAUGGAACGAGUAUUACGGAACGCGGAGGCAGGGAUAUUAAAAUAUGACACAGACGGAAGCAACUUGUUUACAUACAACAAACUUGUGUCAUCGGUUCUCAAGGUGGUGGGCGAUAUGGAUGCGCAGGUUGGGCGCUGCGUCGUUCUUGCGGUGGCUGAGACAUUUAGGGAGAGUGACGUGCCGGUUGUUGGUGGGAGGAUAAAUUUCAAGGAUGUAUCAGCCGACGAAGCCGCGCCGCGAGCCGACGAGCGAAAGGUGCGUCAUCGGCCAUCCUACCAAGGACAAGGCAUUGUGAAAGUAGAGCCGAAUAGUAGUCAUUACCGCGUAGGCGCGUCGGUUCUCACUCGCUUUUGGCGCCGCCUCGUCAUUAGAUCUCAUGAAUACGUAUAUGAUAUUAUUGAAAGUAUUCUUGGUCCCUUCAUAGUUGAGAGCCAGGUGGUCGCGGGUGUUUUCUUGCUCCCGAUCGUAACCUCAACCGCUGCGAUGCAGGCAUUCGACGAGAACAAAUAUGAACCAUCAGAAACCUAUCUUCAGCGCUCCUGCCCUUUCAUGCGAAGCAAGGCGGAUAAGCAAAGAGAUUCUUCACCGAACAAAGAGAAUCCGCAACCCCUCAAUCUAUCAGAGUCGUAUGAUAUGUUAAGGCUGGAGCGGACGGCCUUCAUUCAACCUUUCAAAGAUAUUUCUUUGGAGGCAGUCUUCACAGAUGUUCUGACACGGGUUAAACACAUUGGAAGCUCGAUUCACUUUUCCAUUGAUGCAUCGGGAUCAAAGUUGGUCUCUUCACCAACGGUUUCCGCCGUGAAAACAAACCACCCGUCACCGAGAGAGAACAAAAACCAACGAGAAAACAGUGAAGGUGUGAAGGGGAGAAGGAGCCGAUCUAAAAGUAUUAGCAAAGGAAAACAACGGGCGAAUGAAAGUAACGUACCGUCACCACCGACAUCGAGUCUUCGGGACCCUACAAAUGACUGUGUGCCACUAAGUCUCGUAGUGCAGUCGGACAAGGACGUUGUGGAGUGGUACGAUUUUUGUGCUGCUUUACGCCAGACGGUCAUCUCGAUACCCAACAGCGUCUUUUCUGACGGAGAUGCGAAAACGGAAAGAGAAGAUUAG